GAAGACAGCUGUGAGGUCUGCUUCUGUUCCCAGUCUGCUUCUAUAGAAGCCAUUCAGAGUAGAGUCUGGUCAGUUUCUGUUCUACUCAGUUCAGGAUGGACAUGAAGCAGUGUUGUGUGAAGCUGUCGGUCCAGCCGUCCAAAGGACUUGCGGAUGAGAAGUUUCUUGUCCUGGUCCAGAAAGUCCCACCUGGUUUCCAGCUGACUGUUCACGCCCUCCACAAGAAUGAAGAUGGACACAGCUGGGAGGCGUUUGGUCACUACACUGCCAAUGCCAUUGGGACCGUGAACGUCUCAGAGGAUCCCAGUCUGGGUGGGACAUAUUCUGGGGUUGAACUGAUGGGUCUACUGUGGAGCCUCAGACCAGUUCCAGGCAGUAAACCUGGACUCAGGAUGAGGAAGAAAGAAAAUGUCCAGACUCCCAUGGAGGUCACAAUCUCGGUGUACCAGGGUUACCGGACUCAGGGCUUCGUAGAUCAGGUGCCGCUGGCUGGUGUGGUGGUGGAGCGCUGGUAUAUGGCGCCCGGUGUCCGCAGGGUUCCGAUCACAGAGGGUGGACUCACUGCUACCCUCUUCCUGCCCUCAGGACCAGGAUCUUUUCCUGGUCUCUUGGAUCUGUCGGGGGGUGAAGAGAAGUUGAUGGAGUACCGUGCAGCACUGCUGGCCUCCCACGGCAUUGCUUCCCUGGCCCUUGACUACCUGACACCGAAGAUCACCAUGGAAACUGGGAAGAUGGUGGACAACCAGUAUUUUGAGACGGCCUAUCGAGUCCUGCAGCAGCACCCUCAGGUCCUCGGCAGCAGGAUUGCCAUGUUGGGCCUAUCACUUGGCACCAGUUUCACCCUCAAAAUGGCUGUGUACUCCCAAGUUGUAAAGCUCAGGUGUGCGGUGUGUAUAAAUGGGACUCAUGUGCAACCCAUUGAUGGAUCUGUGCAAGAAUUACUGGGUUUCUGCCGCGAAAACAGUGGUAAAACUCGUUUCAAUGAGGAGAACCAGGUGAUUUUUAGAGAUCUACUGCUGCCCAUCCCCACCGACCCUGCCCUCAAAGUGAAUGUGAGUACCACCGGCCAGAAUUUAUUUCUCUCUUCGUUAUACAGUUUUUCACUUUUGUUUUUUUUAAGUUGUUUGGUUUUUAUUAAGUCUCAAAUAUUUAUUUGAUAGUAGAGUAUUUUCAGCAGAAUGA